GCGGGGCCACUGGCCUCGAAAAGCGGGCGCUGAUUUUUGACACGGAGUGGCUGCCGCGGCUCGGGCUGCCUAGGCUGUGGGUGUCUGACCCCGACCGCAGUCGGCGUUGAGGGGGCGUGCCUCUGGAUCAAGCUAUGGUGGAAGAUGUUUCGGAAAGGGAAGAAGCGACACAGCAGUAGCAGCUCCCAGAGUAGUGAAAUCAGUACCAAGAGUAAGUCUGUAGACUCCAGCCUUGGGGGGCUCUCUCGAUCCAGCACGGUGGCGAGCCUCGAUACGGAUUCCACCAAGAGCUCAGGACAAAGCAACAGUAAUUCAGACACCUGUGCAGAAUUUCGAAUAAAAUACGUUGGUGCCAUUGAGAAACUGAAACUCUCCGAGGGAAAAAGUCUCGAAGGGCCACUAGACCUGAUAAAUUAUAUAGAUGUCGCCCAGCAAGAUGGAAAGUUGCCUUUUGUUCCUCUGGAGGAAGAAUUUAUUAUGGGAGUUUCCAAGUAUGGCAUAAAAGUAUCCACGUCAGAUCAGUAUGAUGUUUUGCAUCGGCAUGCUCUAUAUUUAAUCAUCCGGAUGGUGUGUUAUGAUGAUGGUCUGGGGGCAGGAAAAAGCUUAUUGGCUCUGAAGACCACAGAUGCGAGCAACGAAGAAUACAACCUGUGGGUUUACCAGUGCCACAGCCUGGAACAAGCACAAGCAAUCUGCAAAGUUUUAUCCACUGCAUUUGACUCUGUGUUGACAUCUGAGAAACCCUGAAUUCUGCAAUCAAGGGGAGGCAGGCUUCACGUGCAAGUUCAGCUGUUUUCCCAAUAGUUCUGUUUUCACUCUGCAGUGGUGGUGAACUAUUUUGGAAACACGAGCGAUCCUUGGCUCUGGAUUUUCUGAAGAAACGCAAUAUAUAAAAUACCAGUCGUUUGUUUUUCUAUUAAAAUGUGUCUUAUUUAACAGUGAGUUAACGCUCAGUGAAGUCACCUACCUACUGGGACUAAAAAAGCAACGUCAUUUGUCGCUUUUAAACACAAAUAAGCUUAAUAACCUUUACGUGUCGCAGAAGUGCCCUCGGUGAUGAAUGAACGUGGAGAACUUUCCGAGGAUGACCAAGGCCGUGUAUCCUGCAGCACCGGCAGGUGACACUGCCAACUCAAGCCACAGAGGAAAACUUUAAAAGUGUGCUGUCAGGAUGACAUGCUGGUAAACCGCAGUAAGUAAUGAGAGUAGUCAGACCUUCAGAGGUUGCUGCUCACGCCACAGUCACACACCGUCAAGAAUCUCACGUUCAGGAGGCUAGUGUAUUUUUUAAAGGACUGUUUUUAUACAUAGUACUUUACUAAAGAUUAAAAACAUGAAAAACACCAUG